AUGCACCUCCAAAUCCUCACAACCCUAACCCUAGCCCUAUCCACCCUCACCACGGCCUCAUCCGCCAUAAACGACUUCAACUGCCGCCCCCAAAACAACAGCAACCCAGUCGUCUUCCUCCACGGCCUAGGCGCAACCUACUACGAAGACCUGAACCUCCUCCAAGCAUUCCUCCAAACCCAAGGCUUCUGCACCUUCGCCGAAACCUACGGCGCAUACGACGGGUUCCCGUUCGUCGGCGGCCUGCGCCCCCUCGCAGACUCCGCCAAGGAAAUAGCAGCGUACAUCAAGCGGGUGGCGCACGAGACAGGCGCAGACAAAGUCGAUAUCGUGGGCCACUCCGAGGGCGCAAUGCAGUCUCUCUAUGUGCCCAAGUUCGAGGACGGGGUCUCGGAGAUCGUCGAGCGGAUUGUGUCUAUUGCGCCGCCGACGCGCGGGACCACGUUCAUUGGCCUCUAUAAUCUGGCGUAUAUCCUUGGUGAUGCGUCGCGGGAGAUCAUUGGCGGGCUCCUUCGUGCUGUUGGGUGUCCGGCGUGCGAUGAUCUGGGGCCUGACGGGGCUGCUGUGGAGCGGUUGAAUGAUGGGAUGCCAAUUGUGCAGGCGGGGAACAGGCUUACGGUCAUUGCGUCGAAGUUUGAUGAGAUGGUUACGCCUACGUCGACGUCGUUUGUGCAUGAGGACGGGGUGGAGAAUGUUUGGGUGCAGGAUUUGUGCCCGGAUGAUAGGAUUGGGCAUAUUGGGGAGGCGUAUGACUUGCAUGUGUGGAAUAUUGUCAAGAAUGCGCUGAGGGAUCAGGUGGGGAAGAAGUUUACUUGUGUGCCUGCGCUUGGAUAG